UCAGCCUAGCUACAUUUCUCGACAUAGAGCGCCCCGUCUCUCAAGUCAUGGCUUCCUUUGACCCUUACUACCCACCUAUUUACAAGCGGAGAGUAGUUGUGCGCAGCUCAGGAUAUGGAUCAGGUGGAGGAAUUGGAUCAAGGCCUGCUUACUUCAGCCACUCUGCCCCAAUUACCUCUUAUGCAUCUUCCCGCAGAAGUUAUCCAACACAGGCCAGAGCUGUUUCCAGCUACUCCUCUGUGCUUUCUGCUCCUGUGUCUGUAGCCGCAACCGAGCUCCGCCUAGACCAAGCAGCCCAGGUAAGCUCUGAAUUCAAAGUCCUGAGAACCCAGGAGAAGGCAGAGCUGCAGGACCUGAAUGACCGCUUUGCAAGCUUCAUCGAGAGAGUCCAUGAGCUGGAGCAGCAGAACAAGCUGCUGGAGACUGAGCUCCUGCUGCUCAGGCAGAGGCAGACGGAGCCCUCCAACCUCCGUGGCCUGUACGAGCACGAGAUCCGUCAGCUCCGUGCUGCUGUGGAAGAGGCCCGCCAUGAGAAGCAGGCAGCCCAAGACCACAGAGAUGAGAUGGAGGACGUGCUGAGGAACCUGCAGAAGCGCUUUGAGGAUGAGCUGCUGCACAGAGAAGACGCAGAGGGCAGGCUCUUGGAAGCCAGGAAGGGAGCGGAUGAAGCUGCUCUUGGCCAGGCUGAGCUGGAGAAGAAAGUUGGAACCCUGCUGGAUGAGCUGGCCUUCCUGAAACGCCUCUGCGAGAGCGAGAUCGCAGAGCUGCAGGCCCAAAUCCAGUACAGUGCACAGGUGUCAGUGGAGAUGGAGGUGGUCAAACCUGACCUCUCCGCCGCCCUCCGUGACAUCCGUUCCCAGUAUGAGAAGCUGGCCCAACACAACCUGCAAUCAGCAGAGGAGUGGUUCAGCAGCAAGAUGAAUGUGAUGACAGUAGGAGCUGCUCGCAACACAGAGAGUGCACGUACCGCCAAGGAUGAGGCAGGAGAAUACCGUCGGCUCCUCAAAUCCAAGACGCUGGAGAUCGAUGCCUGCAGGGAGAUGAACCAAGCUCUGGAAAACCAACUGCAGGAUGUGGAGGAGAAACAGAGUCAGGAGAUCUCUGCACUGCAUGAUACAAUAAGUCAGCUGGAGGACGAGCUGAGAGCAAACAAGAAUGACAUGGCUCGCUACUUGAAAGAUUAUCAAGACCUCUUGAAUGUUAAGAUGGCCCUGGAUAUUGAAAUUGCUGCCUACAGGAAGCUCCUUGAAGGUGAAGAGAACCGUCUCAGUGCGGCAGCCCCAGGGUCGGUCAGCGUUUACUCCCAAUCCAUGUACGCUGCUCCGUCAUACGGAAGAACACAAUUCUCUCUGCAGACUCAGCUGAGCUCUGCCCCUCCGUACCUGCUGAGCUCCCGCUUGUACACCCCAUCCCUCCUGACAGAGGAGACAAUAUCUGCGAGUCAGGCACAGCAGGCCGAGGCCAGCCCACCUGAAGACGAGGGGGAAGUAGAGGAGCAGGUGGAAGAGGAAGAUAAGGAGGAGGAGGAGGGAGAGGAGGAGAAGGGAGAAGAGAAGGAGGAGGAGGAGGGAGGAGAGAAGGAGGAGGAAGAAGAGGAAGGAGGAGAGGGCGAGGAGAAGGAGGAAGAAGAAGAGGAGGGAGCAGAGGGCGAAGGAGAGGCGGAGGGAGGAGAGGAGGGUGAGGGAGAAGAGGAGGAGGGUGAAAAAGAGGAGGAAAAACAAGAAGAGGGAGAGGAGGAAGCAGCUGGAGAAGGUUAG